UUAAAAGGGGGCAUUGGGGUCAUUCUUUGCUGGUGUGAUUAGACAAAGAUGAGCAAAGUUGCAAUAUUUUUGCUUUUUACUCUGUUAAUUACCGGGAUAAUAUGUCUUUUGAGCACUGUUAUACAAUUAGACAAUUCAGGAUCACUCUUGCGUGGUGCUCUCGACUCGUGGUAUACAAAUAAUCUUACUCUCGCCAGAACAAGUCGGAGACGUGCCGAUUAUUUGAAUCCAAACCUCACAUAUGAACACUGCAAAAUCAAGUUUAAAUGGGGUGAAAUGUGCCCAAAGUUGUACACUGAACUUGGAGGAAAAUGUGAUUUGGUUGACGACACUUUUCAAUGCCCAGAUAUUCGUAACUAUUCAAAAUUUCGCCCGCGUCAAGCUCAACUCGUCCUGACACGAAUGCUCCGCAUCUUCGAUAUCCUCGCACAAAAACAUGGAAUCAAGUACUGGAUCAGCCGCGGGACUCUACUCGGAGCUGCUAGACAUCAUGGAUUCAUCCCCUGGGAUGGAGAUGGCGAUAUUGAAAUGCCCUUGGGUGAUUACGUCAAAUUUUUUCAAGUUGCGGCUAAGGAGUUACCGGCCGAUAUGUUUUUUCAGAACUCGGUCAGCGACCAUGCGCUGAGACCGUCCGAUGUAAGCGGUUAUCAUAGGCAUGAAGUAGUUUUUAUCUAUCAAGCGACAUUUAAUCCACGACUCAGAGACAGAAACAGUUGUUAUAAAUACUGUAUGACCUACAAUUGUAAGUGGCACGAUGGACUUAUGGUCGAUAUUUUUGUAACACCAAAUGUGGACAACGCGAUAUAUCCUUUGAGGCGGAUGACGUUCGAAGGAUUCCCACUCAACGUACAGAAUAACUGGAGAAAGUAUUUAGUAUCUGUCUACGGAGAAAAGUGGUUUGAAUAUCCAACGAACAGACCACCAGAGGAAAAUCCUGAUGUCUUUAAUAGCUGUGAAAAACUUAUGAAACGAAAACAAUGAACCGAAAUAGAUUGCCAUAGGCCAGUAUUAGUACUGGAACACAAAUGGGAGCGCGUUGCUUAUACUCACUGAUUAGUUUCAGUUUUCAAAGUGUUGUUUCAUCAUGCAGCAAAGGAAUAAAUUUUUUCUCGAUAGUUUUAUUCUUUUAGGAUUAGAUUGUUGGUUUUCAAUCGAAGAGUCUGUAGCGAUUACUUAACGAAGCAUAUGCGUGUACCGAAAUUAUUAAGUUAUUGAAUCAUUCCCAAUAUGUAUCUACUUUGGUCUCUUCCCAAAUUGACAAAAUUUGCAUGUUGUGGAGCAUGUGAAUAAAUAAGUAGCAUAAGACUCUGUGCGUGCCUGAUGGCCUGAGGAAACGGUGAGCGUAAAAUGUACGAAUUUUUGUAAAAGAACAAUCGAAAUCGAUCGCACCAAUGGUGGUCUAUCUUUGUUCUUUUCAAAAUGAUUUUCCUCCAUCGCUCUUUAAUUCAAGCUUUGUAAACGAUUCCAACGGGUGACAGUAGACGGGUAGUGUCGUAAUAAAGAUGAUGUGUCACAAGCCAACCA